AUGAAUACUACCGACAUCAACACCAAUAAUUCAACGACUGGGUAUAAUUUUUCAAAUGGCUUAACUAGAUACGAUAAAUUAGUAAUCACACAUGGUAAAGCUGUGUUAUUAUCCAUUCCUUUUCUCUUCACCGCUCCAAUCACCACUUUCAUCGCUCGUUUUGGGAAAACAAGAUUACCAACCUCUUGGUUCCGUCUCCAUUGGACUAUAUCAUUAUUUCUUACAGUACCUUUAACAGCUGCAGGCUUUUUAAUUGCUCACUUCGUACAACAAGAACCUAAUAGGAAAUCAAACUGGGCAUUAGUUCCUCAUUCGGUAUUUGGUCAUAUUGCUGGAAUUGGGCUUUUUCUUGAAGCUCUUCUUGGAUGGAUUCAUCGUAAACUUCGAAACUCUGAUCGUGGGUUUGUUCCAUGGUGGACAAAACUGCAUAGAAUUUGGGGAUAUAUUGUAUGUUUUUCGGGAUUUAUCGAUAUCGGGUUCGGAUUUAGAUUGUAUGAAACUCCGGUUGCGUGGUACAUUGCAACCUACAUUUGGGUCGCGUUUUUAUCUUUAAGUUUCAUUUAUCUUUAUAUAAAUAUUCGGUCGGAAUCGCAACCGAAGAUUGGGCAAGCCAAAGAGGAACAGAAAAGUGAGCAAGACGAAUAG